AUGAUGUUUAUCCCCUACGCUUUCGACAGCGCACGCUUACAAUACCUCCGCUCCCCGCAGGGCAAAGUAGCUGAGCUGCGCCUCGAGCUCAACAGUGGCGGCAAGAAGGACAAGAACUUCUCCGCGAAGAAGACGGCCCUGAAGAAGAUCGUCGCCAACAUGACCAUGAGCAACAACGACAUGGUGGCCUUGUUUCCGGACAUUGUGGGCUGCAUGCACAUACCGAGCCUGGAGAUCAAGAAGAUGUGCUUCUUGUAUCUGGUCAACUAUGCCAGGAUAAAACCCGACAUUGCCCUCAAGGCUCUCCCCAUCAUCCAGGAGGACAUGCACGACAGCAACCCUCUCGUGCGCGCCCUCGCCCUGCGAACCAUGUCCUACAUCCACGUCCGCGAAUACGUCGAGGCGACGGUGCCGCAUCUGAAGAACCUGCUGCGCGACAACGACCCCUACGUUCGCAAGACGGCUGCUUUCUGCGUAGCGAAGCUGUACGAUCAUGAUCGGCACAUGGUGGAGUCGUCAGAGCUUAUCGACAGACUGAACGGCAUGCUGAGGGAUGAGAACCCCACCGUGGUGUCCAGCGCCUUGGCAGCCCUGAUGGACAUCUGGGAGCGAUCAGAGAGCAUCAAGCUCACGAUUGACUACGCGAGCGCUUCGAAGAUCGUCUCCAUUCUGCCGGACUGUUCCGAGUGGGGUCAGACGUAUAUUCUAGAAGCAAUGAUGAACUACGUCCCCCAGGAUACAGCCGAAGCCGCCCUGCUCGCCGAGCGAAUAUCACCCCGUCUCUCACAUUCGAACUCGGCCGUUGUUCUGACCUGCAUCCGCGUCAUCUUGUACCUGAUGAACUACAUUUCCGACCCAAAAGUAAUCACAUCAUUGUGUAACAAGCUAUCCCCACCGCUUGUCACCCUGCUCUCGAAAGGGCCUGAGAUCCAGUAUCUAGCUCUGCGGAACGCUCUCCUAAUUCUUCAGCGGAGACCUGAAGUGUUACGGAACGAUAUCCGCGUCUUCUUCUGUAAAUACAACGAUCCCAUCUACGUCAAGGUCACGAAGCUCGAGCUGAUCUUCAUGCUGGCGACGGAGAAGAACAUCAAGGAGGUUUUGACGGAGCUCGCUGAAUACGCAACGGAAAUCGACGUCGACUUUGUUCGCAAAUCCGUCAGAGCCAUUGGCAAGCUCGCAAUCAAGAUCCCUCCAGCCAGCCAGCUCUGCAUAUCGACACUCUUGUCCCUUGUCAGCACGAAGGUCUCCUACAUCGUCCAAGAAGCCACUGUUGUCAUCCGCAACAUCUUCCGCAAGUACCCGAAUCAGUACGAAUCCAUCAUCUCGACGCUUUGCGAGAAUCUCGAUUCGCUUGAUGAGCCAGAGGCGAAGGCCGCCAUGAUAUGGGUUAUCGGCCAGUAUGCCGAUAGAAUAGAGGACAGUGAUGUGCUAUUGGACGACUUCCUUGAUUCUUUCCGAGAAGAGACACAUGAAGUGCAGCUGGCGCUGCUCACAGCGACCGUAAAGCUCUUCAUCCAGCGACCCACACGAGGCUCAACGCUGGUCCCCAAAGUUCUCAAAUGGGCUACCGAGGAGACGGACAACCCGGAUCUGCGCGAUCGAGGCUAUAUGUACUGGAGACUGCUGUCCUCAGCACCCGAGGAAGCUAAGAAGGUUGUCAUGGGCGAGAAGCCGGCCAUCACAGCAGAAGAGUCAGAGAAGCUGGAUCCUGGGACGUUGGAGGAGAUGUGUCUUAAUGUCGGCACACUCGCCACUGUAUAUCUAAAACCCGUGAACCAGGUGUUCCGAUCUGCUCGCCCAAGGAAGUUGCAGGAUUCGGUGGCGCUGCAAAGGCAUGAGCUACCUACGGCCAAGGCUGCACAGCAAGCCCGCGAACGCGCUGCCGCAGAACGCACGAAGCUCGACACAUCAGCAACGAACGGGAAUGGCACGAAUGGAAACAAUCUCGCUGCUGCUGCCGCCCACGAGGCGGAUAUAUACUUUGCUGGCGUAGGGCGACAGAGUACAUUUGGUGGGAGUCCGAUCAUGGCGGAGCAGGGCGGGGGAGGCGGCUGGGUGGUCAAUCAGCUUGCGCCGCAGCAGGCUGUGAUGUCGCCUGGCGGUGCAGAUGGCAACCAGGAUCUGCUGCUGUGA